UGUUGUCUGUCAUCAUGUCAGGUCGCGGGAAGCAGGGCGGCAAGGCUCGCGCCAAGGCCAAGACGCGCUCGUCGCGCGCCGGGCUCCAGUUCCCGGUGGGCCGCGUCCACCGCCUGCUCCGCAAGGGCAACUACGCGGAGCGGGUCGGGGCGGGCGCGCCGGUGUACCUGGCGGCCGUGCUGGAGUACCUGACGGCCGAGAUCCUGGAGCUGGCGGGCAACGCGGCCCGCGACAACAAGAAGACGCGCAUCAUCCCGCGCCACCUGCAGCUGGCCAUCCGCAACGACGAGGAGCUCAACAAGCUGCUGGGCCGCGUGACCAUCGCGCAGGGCGGCGUCCUGCCCAACAUCCAGGCCGUGCUGCUGCCAAGGCUAGGAGGAAAAGAAUUAGACUUCUAUAGUAAAAAACUCCCAAACCAAAAUAUUCCCUGGGAAACGGUGGGACCACAGUUGUAG